AUGCUACUUGAGCCAUUAACCAUAGAGAACGGGUAUAUGAUUCAGCAUAGGAGAACCACCGGCGCUCCAUCAAUUUCUAUUGUACUCCCGGAAAUAUUGAGAUUUCUAAAGAGAAGUGUGCUACGAAUGCUGAGACGCAAAUUCGAAGGAGGACAAGAAAGAUAUCGUCAAUACGGAUGGAAAGCCAAAACCCAACUCAUAUUAUCAAGCAUCUACUCAAACUCCAGUAAUAGACACAAUGCCUUCUGCACCAAAAAUCGCAAAGCGAUCUACAUUGUUGACCAAAGAAGGGACACGUGCGAGUCGCAAAUGAUCGUCACUCGGAUAACUCCACUUCGCUCAUUCUUGGAGCUCUGUCGGAGUCAAACAGUACGCAGCCCACACUUGUACUGGCAGGAAACUCUUUCGUUCCCAAAAAGAGAUACCCUUAGCGCGCAAAUCCUCAACGAGGAAUGUACGGCGGAAGAAGCGGCGAAGCUGGCGCGACUACAUGAGAGAUUCUUUGUGCCUAUCGACCAAAAGGUCGAGUAUGAAGCGGAUGAGGUGGCUUUUUUAAUUAUUGUCUCCCCGUUGAUGUGCGGCAAAUCAAUCGAUAAGCUGGUUCACGUGCCAGGCCUGGUCUCAUCACCCGGCUUCGCCGAUGCAAGGAAAGAGAACAUUUCCAGCCCUCAACCCACUACAUUCCAAGAAAAAUCUCUUUUCAAGAACGAAUGA